AUGGCUCCUGAGACGCUGCCAACCUGGGCCGCGCCGGAGCUCCCAACCAAAGUUGGCGACGCCGGCGAGCGGCAGACUGUCAGGGCGUUCAGCCCUCAGAAGAUGCUGACUGGCGGCCAAGUCGCCGUUUCUCUCGCCGUGUUCGUUCUCUCUUUUGUGUCCUUCAUCAAUGUCUUCAACAUCUUCGACCUCGUCACCUUCUUCGCGAUCGUCUACCUGCUGCUUCUCUCAGCUCUGCUGAUCGCCGCCGCCAUAUUCCGCUUCAGCUUCCUGAGUAAAUACUUCGGCUUCCUGAGCUGCUAUGCGGGAUGCGGCGUGCUAAUGGUCGUGGUGGGUACAAACUCGCUCGGCAUAUACGAGAUCUGGGGCCAGAUCGUCGGCGGUAUCUCCAUUGCAUGGGGUUUGCUCGAGAUUGUCGCGCACUGCCUCUACUAUCGGGGCGGGUUGAUCACGCUGAUGGACUAA